AUGUCAUCAGACGUCUCGUCCAGUAUCGUCUCUGCGGCGCAAACAUCAGUGCCGGCUACGCCAUUUCAUUUCGAUGUUACUUUUAAGGCCGAGUAUCGUGUUCGUGACACCUCAUCCUGGGUAUGGGAUUUUGCCUACGAUGUGCAGAACUUUGACGGCAGUCGCCGAUGGGUCUGCAAACGCUGCAUUCGAAUCAAGAGCCCACGGCCGAGGAGCUUUGCAGAGAAAGGCAUUCAGAACGCGAAUACCCAUCUGUUCAAGGAUCACGGAAUAUGCGCACCCGGUGAAUCAACGAAAUCAUCGGCCCAGAAGAAAGCAGAAAAGGUGAUGAACAAGGAUCAAAGGUCUAUUGCUGAUGUGAUGAAACUCGGCACAAGGCUUCCACGGGAGCAAGAUAUCGCGAAUCGCCUUGUUCAAGGGUUCGAUCGGAAGCACUUUCAGCGUCUUCUACUCGAAUGGAUCAUCGAGGAGAACCACUCUUUUAGUGUCUGUGAGCAAGAAAGGCUGCGCAGGAUAUUUGAAUAUCUCAAUCCUCUUGUGAAGAUCACCGACGCCAACAUCACCAGGUCGACUAUCCGCCGUAAAAUACUUUCGGCCUACGAAACGCACAAGAAUAAGGUCAUAGAGGUUUUGCGGCAGUCAUCCGGCCAGAUCCAUGUCUCGUUUGAUGGGUGGAAGUCAGGGAAUAGACAUAAUCUGUAUGGAAUUGCCUGUUUCUUUCGGGACGAGAACAGUCAGCCGCGCAAGCUGGUGCUUGGCGUCCCUGAAUUGCAAACGCGUCAUUUUGGGCACAACAUUGCGACUGAGAUACUUGACGUCCUUGAUGCGUAUGGGAUCCAGGAUAGAAUUGGGUACUUCACCCUGGAUAACGCAGAGAGCAACGACAAAGCCAUGGAAGUAAUUGGCGGCGAGCUUGGCUUUGUCGGAUCCACAAGGCGCGGCCGCUGCUCUGGCCACAGGAUUGACCUCUCUGCGAAAGCUCUGCUUUUCGGCCACAACGUUGAGGCGUUCGAGGAGCAGCUGUCGGGUGCAGCAGUUUUGUCCGAGGCAGAGCACACGCUUUGGCGGCGCAAAGGGCCCGUCGGAAAGCUGGUAGCAUUGGAAUGGCGCCGGGCCGCAGAGGAAACGGAUGCCGGUUCCCAGGCCGUUCGCGUGGGACUACUCCCAGGACGAACACAGCUUUUGAUUGUGGUUGCAGGGGUGGUGCUGCACUUUUACCUGCUGAAUUGGGUGAGGAACAGUCAUCCCAUUCUUGAAAUGUUUUAUAUAUCGCUAGGGCAGAAAGGCUUUGCGACGGCUUCUGUGGUUGCGGCAACACACUUGAAACAUCUGAUAAAGCCACCUCAAACCUAUGGGCGGAACUGUCUGACAGCGCAGAGGUCCAGCACUGUGAUAGAUACCGGCAGUGGGGUUUUAUGUGUGGUAGUGGUAGAAUGA